AUGUCAGACUCAACCUCAGACUCGGAUGAUACAACAACAACAACAUAUUUGUCAGAUAGCAAUGAUCUUGAUGGCAGUUCAAAUCCUAAAAAGGCAAAAGUGACGAGAAAAAACCAUGGUGCUGCUGUGUUUCGCACAAAAUUUAAUCCACAGUGGCGAGAAAAAUUUCCUUUCAUCGACACAGUAUCAGAUGAUAUUUACAGCUUUUACUGCAACAUUUGUAAACGAAGUGUGAAAUGCAGUCAUAUGGGUAUAACCGAUGUUGAAAGACAUGCUGGCAAUCGAAUGCACAUUGCUAAUGUGAAAGCCGCUCGCGGUCAGCUGUCAGCGUACAAUCAACUUCCCUAG